GGUACCAGCUGCUGCCGCCGGGGAUGGCGCCUCGCUCCUCACCCGGGCUGCGGGAGGAACGACCCCCCCCCACACACACACCACCACCGGCCCUCCCCCUCUCCCACAGAGCCGAGAGGGAGAGCGGCCCCCGCGCAGGCCACCCCCCGGCUUGUUUACAGGCCCCGCGGCCCAGGCGGCGGCCGCGGCCCUCCCCGCCGCCACCCCCUCAGCCCGGCCCGCCGAAGGCCCCGCACUGCGCAGCGCCACUUACCCCCCCGGCCGCGGCGGACGGCGCCGGUUGUAGCGGGCAGGGCCGCGUUCCCGAAGAAAAUGAACUGCGUGGCAAGGUUGUCUGGGUGACAGGAGCUUCCAGUGGAAUUGGAGAAGAAUUGGCUUACCAGCUAUCAAGGAUAGGAUCCUUGCUUGCCAUCUCAGCAAGAAGAGAGGAUGAGCUGGAAAGAGUGAAAAAGAAAUGCCUUCAGAUUAGCAACUUGAGUGACAAAGAUAUCCUUGUUCUGCGCCUUGACUUGACUGACAGAAGCUCUCAUGAAGCUGCAACCAACAGUGUUCUUAAGCAUUUUGGCAAGAUUGAUGUUUUGGUCAACAAUGGUGGACGUUCCCAACGCUCUUUGUUUGUGGAUACAAACCUGGAUGUCUACAGUGCCAUAAUGGAACUCAACUACCUAGGUACAAUCUCUUUAACAAAACAUGUCCUGAAUCACAUGAUACAAAGGAAAAAAGGAAAGAUUGUUACUGUGAGCAGUGUGAUGGGUAUCAUGGGAGCUCCUCUUGCCUCUGGGUACUGUGCCAGCAAGCAUGCUCUGCAGGGUUUUUUUAAUUCUCUUCGGACUGAGCUGACUGACUACCCUGAGAUAAGUAUCAUCAACAUAUGCCCAGGACCUGUACAGUCCAAGAUUAUACAAAAUGUCUUUACAGAGAAUCUUGCAAAGUCGAUAGAGAACAGCGGUGAUCAGUCCCACAAGAUGCCAACUGACCGCUGUGUCCGGCUCACCCUGGUGAGCACAGCCAACGACCUGAAGGAGGCUUGGAUCAGCGACCACCCCUAUCUGGCUGUUUGCUACCUCUGGCAGUAUGCACCCACUUGGGCUUGGUGGCUGAUGAACAGAAUGGGCAAGAGGAGGAUACAGAACUUCAAGAGCGGAGUGGACGCUGAUGCCUCUUACUCAAGAAAGAAGAAAUAAGGACAAAUGUGUACAAAAUCCUGCUUGUGCUAAGGCUGAGAAACUUUUUUCGUACUGCGUGGCUGCAAACAAAAGCUGUUUUUUAUCUGUUGCACCUUUGUCAUCAUGUAACUUCACAAAUCUAUCGAGGUAUACACACUUGACUAAAUAAAAAUCUCUUUCUAAACAUA